GACGCCCACGACAGCUCCCGCAGCUGGGGCGACGAGGACCCGCCGCUGCACGCGCUGCUGUCGUCCGCGGCGGCGGCGGCCGGCGCUGGCCGAUGCCCUCCGGACGCCCACGACAGCUCCCGCAGCUGGGGCGACGAGGACCCCGCGCUAGGCGUGCGGCUGCCGUCCGCGGUGGCCGCCGCCGCGGCCGGCCACGCGCGCCCGCCGGCGCCCGGGUCGGCCGAGCAGUGCGCGGAGGUUGCUCACGACGGUUCCCGGCGCCUGGGCGAGGAGGAGUGGGACGAGAACCCGCCGCUGGACUCGCGCUUCCCGUCUGCCGUGGCCGCCGCCGCGGCUGGCUACACGCGCUUGCCGCUGCCGGUGGAGGGGCCUGCCGAGUCGAGCUUGGCGGCCGAGCUGUCCGCGGCGGAGGCGGCACCCCCGCCGCCGCGGCUGGACGACGUGCCGCUGCGCGGAGGAGCCACCGCGGGGCCGGCAGCCUUGGCGCUCGAGUCGGACGAGGAGCUGCCGGAGCAGGAGCUCCAGGUGUGCGAGUAUUGCAGCCGGCGCUUCAAGCCGGCGAGCCUCGAGAAGCACAGGGCCGUGUGCGCCAGCGUCUUCGGCAGCAGGGGCUUCCGCCGCGGGCCCCUCGAGUCCCAGCCGAAGCGCCUCGGCAAGCUCCGUGUGGGCAUCGCGCCCGCGGGCGCACCGCAGGACGGCUCCGCGCCGCUCGAGCUCUCCAGCGGGCAGGCGAGCACUGCGGCGAGCAGCGGCGGCGCGCCGUCCCGGUCACGCGGCUGCAACCGCACCGGCAGCCUGUCGCGCACGGGCGCCGAGCGGGCGCGGCAGCUGUGCCCGCACUGCGGCCGCUCGUUCCACUCGGCCGCGUUCGAGAAGCACACCGGCGUCUGUCAGCGCAUCUUCGUCGGGAAGGCCUCCCCCAAGCCGCGGGCAGGGCACGAGGCCCGGCAGGCGAGCAGCGAGCAGAGACCGCGGCCGCCGCCGCCGCCGGCCAAGAGCUCGACGGCGGUGUCCGUGGGCCUGCAGGGCAGGGCGUCCAGCGUCACGUCCCUGGUGCGUCAGCCGGCGCCCAAGCAGCCUGAGACCGCGGCUUCCAUGUCCAGGGCCAGCGGCGGCGACGGCAAGGCGGGCCCCGCCCGCCGUUCGGCGUUCGAGGAGCUCGAGGUUCGAGGAGUGACUCUGGAACAGAUGCGAGAUCUGAUAAGGAAGGCCACUGCUCCUGCUCAGCAUCGCAUCGAGCAGCUCGGCACCAUUAUGACCAAUAACAUGACGCUGAUUCGAGCCACCGGUGCCAGAUUCACGGAAACGAUGGGCACCUUGCAGAGGCAGGUGAACGACAUGAAGGAGGCUUUGGAAGCUCAAGGCACUCGAGUCUUACCUCUGAAGUUGAAGACCAUCGCCGAGAUCGACAGGGACGACGACAUGGAGGCAUCUGGGGCAGAUCGACCUGCGGUUGCUCCUGCCCCUUCUGCGACUGCGACGUUAGCGGCUGACAUGGACGCCAUGAUGACCAAGAUUGAGACGGCACUUGCCGCGCUACCUGUACGUGCCCCUCUCCCGCCUGUGCCAGAUCCGCGUGCGCAGUUCUUAGCCUCGCGAUCUGGAGGAUCUACGCGGGCUGGCAGUGUGGUGUCUGAGGAGCCUCGCAAUAGGGCGAAGAUCUGGAUUCGUGGCUUCCCACGGCAGAUGGCGCAGGAAUCCUUCAAGUGGCAUGUCAGCAUCAUCAAGACGAACAUGACAAGUGAGUACUCGAGCCGAUGCAAGGUGCAGGCUCGGAGUUGUGAUCAGUGCUACAACAUCCAGUUCGUGGACGAGGAUCACGCGCUACGUUUCCACGCGGGGCCAGGUGAAGUGGUCAAUCUGCGAGCUGGAUGGGAUCAUCUGUUGCCUGUCCGUCUUCGCUCCUUCGCGCUCGGGCAGCGCUGGCAGCUGGUGCUGGAGGAGUUGAAGGCCGAGGAGCUCUCGAGGGCCUCCAUGCGCUUAGGCCCCCACCCGUGCACUGGCUUUCUACACCUCACGGAUUCGACGCGCGAGGAGGUUUGGGACUUGGGGGAGAUUGUCGAGAAAGCGAGGCUGCCACCUUUUCAUCUAGUGCCCCAGCCAGACUUGCUCACCGUGGGCCUAGGCCGGGUCCUCGUGGACUCCGUGGUUGAGAGAGAGAUGGCGCUCGUCGCCAAGAGGCGCUAG